ACUGUAGAAAAUUACAAAAAUGCCGAUAAAGAUAAAGCCCAUCGUACAUUUAUUAAUACUUUAAAAAGUAUUAAAGACGAUGAAUCGUGUGCACCUGCAAUACAUGAUAGGGCUCAAGAACUUUUAGAUAAUAAAGAU